AUGCGCACGUGUCUGUGUUCGCUGUUUGCGGGAACCUUGCUGAAUGCCUCCUUGUUUUCUCCUGCGCGCCGCUCCAGCUUCUUCUCUCUUUUUUUGGAUUCUCGCCUGUCUCCUCCCACAGAGAGGAAAAAAAAAAAAAGGUCACGUAUGUUUGGAAAAAUAUGUAGGUCAGUGGAACAUUUCCUACACUGGUGCAAAAGGAGAGGAGGGCAGCGGGGGAGGGGAGGGAGCCGCAGCUUGGAGCUCCGGGUGCGCGCUCCUGGCCGCGGGCCCCGAGCCCUACAGGAGGGGCUCCUUUCCAUCCUUGACCCAUUUUCCGGACCAGCUACGUUCGCCUCGGAAGAAACAGUGAUCGUUCCUCCCCAGCAGGCGCCGCGGUCCUCUGAGCUCGCCGGCGUCUCCCUGAUCCCCGCCCGCAGCUCUUCGGGAAAGCGCAGUGGUCGGCGCGCUGGGCCGCCCCACGAGGACGGCGUGCUGGGGGCCGCGGUGGCGCGCUGGCCCCCCAACGCACUGGACCGCGGGUUGGCAGGGCGCAGGGGAGGGCGAUUCCCCGCCGCCCCCACUGACAACUUGAACGGGACCUCCACUGGCCUCUCCUUCGGACAGUUCCCCUCUAAGCACACCCUGUCCCCGCCCCGCACCCUCGGCCGGACCAUGCCGCGCGUCCCCGGCGGCAGCCCUGCGGUGGCGGCCUUGGGGCGCGCGGGUGUCUCGGCCGCUCAGGGAAGCUGGCGGGUGGGAGGCAGAUUCUUUACCAUCUGGAACACACGGCCAAACAGAUCCCAGGGCCACCUGCUGAGCUCCUCGGGCAGGCAGAGAUCUCGGCAUCGGAGGAGGCAGUCACCUGCUCAGGGAACAAGUGCUGUGAAGGUGGGCAGGGGGCCCAGGGACCAGAGAAGCUGAUGGCAGAAUAAAGAGGCUUGGAGUUCCAGGGACACUUGACUUUGUACUCAGUCACCAGCCAGGAGCUGCUCCCAGAAUAUCCCUUGUCAUGAUCAUCUUGAUGACCCUGGGCCGCCAGGCAGAGGUCACAGUAGGUGGACCCUCCUGAUUUUGCUCCAUGAACCACCAUGGAAGAACCUUAGGACAAUACCAGAGACCAAGGAAAACGGAUUUAUUAAAUGUGGCUGAAAGCCAGAGAAAUGUGAAAACUCUUACAGCCAGGGGACUUCAGAAUUUGUCAGUUAACCGGUGGUACAGCUAAGCCCAGAAACACUGUGUGUUAAGGGCCCUCUGGACUCCUACACAGAUUGCAAAAUGUGAUGACUCUUCAGAGUUACCUGGCGUCCAUGGAAGGUUCUCUGGCAGCAGCUGAGAUGGGCAGCCCCAGAGGACCGUCCUCAGGAAGCAGUUGAGUGCAAAUGGCUGUGCAGGGGUCAGUGGCCACUGGACUCCAGAUGCCAAGGAAGGCUGAGCAGGAGGAAGAGAGAACUAGAGGACUGUCCCCGGAGCUCAGCUAGGAGAUGGGAGCAAGAGAGGCAGUUUUCCUAAUAUUUAUGCCUGCUCAAGUGUUCUGCAGGCUGAGAGGAGGUGGGGUCACCUAUGACAAAAUGGGCAUGAUUUGAAAACAGCUGAGAACCCAGAAAACUAGUAGCUCAUCUUUCCAACUCUGGGUAAAAACAAGAGAUAGAUCCACAGCCACCAGCUACUGAAAAAAAAAAAAAAAAAAAGCUACCUGUAAAACUGUAAAAAGAAGAAAGGAACAGAUUUGGCUGCUGCUUUUCUUCUUUAACGAUCACAUGGCUUUAAA